AUGAUGAUGAUGAUGCACCGUGUGAUGUGUGUGUUGGCCGUUGUGCUGUGCUGUGCCUGCGGGUAUACCAUGGCGGCUGCUGCUGCUGUUGAUAAUGACAGUCCCAGUGGCCGUGGUGUAUCCCGUGGGGCUGUGGAGGUGUCGUGCGGGGCCGGCGGUGCGCUGCGUGUACGCCCCGCUGCUGAGAGCGAGUGGCUUACAUGCGGUGCGGGCAGCCGUGUGUCUGCAUGUGGGAAGUACGCAGACCUCUGCCGCCAGCGUACGGGAAGAACAGCAACAGCAAGAACAACAACCAUUCCUACUACUACUACUAAUGGACAGCCAAAGGCGGUGAUAGUGUCCCUUGGUUUUGAUUUUCCUUCACCCACUCUAAAAGAUGAAGACUUUAAAGAAGAUGAACGUCCAGAUGUAGGGCAAUCUAACACGCUGGGUGUGGUAAAAGGACGUGAAGCUGGACGUGACCAUAUAAACACCAAAUCGCAAGGAGAUGGUGCUUUGCACACACAAGAUGACGAACUGGUGCGAACGUCUUUAAAGGAACGUGAAGAUGCUCUUGCUCGUAGCAGUGGAGUAAUGCCUGUUCCGAAUAGACCGUUGGAAGGAGGUGGUGAUAAUAAUACUGUCACCUCCAAUGAAGUUGUAAAUUCACAUAUUCAACAGCAACAACACCUGCAACAACCAUCAUUGGAUGUUAGUGGUGACGCUGGAAGGUCUGAUGCAUCUACCAUUCUAGAGGAAAAUAAUAGGUCUCCAGGUGGGAUUAGUCGAGACGCUGCAGCACAUUCUGCAAGUUCACCCGCAGCACCUGGGAAUGCAGGAAGUACGUUAUCACCUGAUGCUGCACAACAAAAGAAUGCACAACAAGCGACACCUAAUGCAGAGACAACACUAUUAUCAACAACUGAGACACAAUCAACUGAAGGUAUUGAUUCCAAUCAAGGAACUCAACGUGCUGAGUCUGAAAGUUCCACGGAAGGUAAUUAUGGCAGUACCAGUAACCACCAGCCUGCCACAACCAUUUCACAAGAGAAUGGCAAUCUUGCAUCACCGGCCACGACUAACACCAACAUCGAUACAUCAACCACAUCUCCUGCACCUCUAUCCGACCCACAUCUCAGCAGCAACAUCACCUCCACCGUACUGAAGAAGGCUAAUGUUGACAGCAGUAUCAAUCCUGUGUGGAUGCGCACCGCAGCACCGCUUCUGAUUGUGGCUGUGAUGUUCUCCGCUACCCUGUAA